AUGUCAUGGUGGAGCGGUUUCUUUGAGCUAAGGCCUUUGUUUCACUUGCUACUUCCACUUGGCAUCCAUUGGAUUGCUGAGGAAAUGACAGUUUAUGUUCUUGUUGAUGUCACAACCACUGCUUUGUGUCCUCAACAAUCAACUUGCUCCAAAUUCAUUUACAUCAAUAGCCUUCAACAAUCGAUUGUUGGAAUUUUCAAGAUGGUGGUUCUUCCACUUCUAGGCCAGCUUUCAGACAAACAUGGCCGCAAACCUUUACUCCUUGUUACCAUGUCCACAACUAUAAUUCUUUUUGCUUUACUUGCUUGGAACCAAUCCGAGGAAUUUGUAUACGCCUACUAUGUGACUCGAACAUUUUCAUACAUAAUCAGUCAAGGGAGUAUUUUCUGCAUUUCUGUCGCAGAUGUUAUCAAUGAAAACAAAAGAGCAACAGUAUUUAGUUGGAUCACUGGUCUAUUUUCUGCUUCACAUGUUCUCGGGAACAUCUUGGCUCGAUUUCUUCCUCAAAACUACAUAUUUUUGGUUUCAAUAGCGCUAUUGACCUUUUGUCCAAUUUACAUGCAAAUUUUCCUAGAUGAAACUGUGAAAGUGAAUCCAAGAAAGAACCAAGAGUUAGGCUUAUGCAAAAAAGUCGUUAGCGUUGUUAUCCAAAGAUACAUAUCUAUGAAAACUGUCGCACAAAUAGUAAUCUUCAAUCCAACAUUAAGAGGCAUGGCUCUUGUUUCUUUCUUUUACGAGUUGGGAAUGUCUGCCAUAAGCAGUGUUUUACUGUACUAUUUGAAAGUUGUUUUCGGUUUUAACAAAAAUCAGUUCUCAGAACUUCUGAUGAUGAUUGUGUUGCUUCCAAUACUUAACCCUUUGGUUGGAGAGAAAGUGAUUCUAUGUUCUGCCUUACUUGCAUCAAUAACAUAUGCUUUGCUUUCUGGUAUAGCAUGGGCCCCUUGGGUACCAUACUUAAGUGCCUCAUUUGGCAUAAUCUAUGUCCUAGUGAAACCUUCUACAUAUGCUAUUAUUUCAAAAGCAUCAAGUUCAAGCAAUCAGGGAAAAGCACAAACUUUUAUUGCUGGUGCACAAUCUAUAUCUGAUUUACUAUCACCAAUUGCUAUGAGUCAUUUGACAUCACUGUUUUUAUCUAGCAAUUCUCCAUUUGAAUGCAAAGGUUUUAGCAUUAUAUGUGCAUCUAUAUGCAUGAUAAUUUCUUUGAUUUUUGCUUGCAUGUUAAAUCUUAAUCCUCAUUCAAGUAAUGACAUGGAAGAAAACUCAGAAGACCCUCUUCUGAAUUACAACUGA